UCCCCCGCCGAGCGCCGGGCGGGUGAGGCCAGGUUUGCCGGCCAGGUCGGGGACGGGUGCAGGCCGGAAUACCUCGGGGGACCACCCAUUCCUCAAAGGAAGCUUUGCUGGGUACUGGCCCUUUGUGCAGUGGGACGUGGCGGGCGCCCCGAGGCUCGGGGAAAGCUUCCUGGAGGUGGCGGUCUCCGUUCUGGGCAGAAGAGGAAGGGGAAUGGAGGGAGAAGGUAGGAGGAGAGAAAGCUGGUGAGCAGUGGAGAGCCUCUCCCGCGGGGCUUCCUCCCGAAGGCUCCUCUUCCUCGUCCCACCUGCCCUACUGGCGGGCUGCCUCUGCCCCGGGGGAGCGCAGGAGCAAGGCUGCCCCCAGCCCCAAGUCUAUAGCAGAACGGCACCCAGAAGUCGUGGGACUUUGUGAAGACUCAUGACAGUGUGACCCUUCUCAUGUUCAACGCUUCCCGGAGGAGCCUGGUGUUGGUGAAGCAGUUCCGGCCAGCUGUGUAUGCUGGCGCGGUGGAGCGCCUCUUCCCCGGCUCCCUGGUCGCCGCCGACCAGGACAGGCCCCGGGAGCUGCCGGCAGCGCUGCCCGGCUCGGCCGGGGUGACCUUCGAGCUGUGCGCCGGCCUCGUGGAUCAGCCCGGGCUCUCGCUGGAGGAAGUUGCCUGCAAGGAAGCCUGGGAGGAGUGCGGCUACCGCCUGGCCCCCUCUGACCUGCGCCGGGUCGCCUCGUACAAGGCUCCAGGGCCUUGUUCUGUAGCCCCCCGCCCCCCGCAGCCCCGAGCCGUGUGGGGCCUGCUCGGGUGGCAGCUGCUGCUGACUGAUGCCUCCACUUCCUGCGGGAUUAAGCACCGGGCACUGGCGGUGGGGUCUGGCGUUGGACUGACUGGCUCCAGCCAGACCAUGUUCUACGCAGCGGUGACAGAUGCCCAGAGGGGCGGCCCCGGCGGGGGCCUGGCCGAGGAGGGCGAGCUCAUUGAGGUUGUGCACCUGCCCCUGGACGGCGCCCAGGCCUUCGCCGAUGACCCAGAUGUUCCCAAGACCCUCGGAGUCAUCUUUGGCAUCUCGUGGUUCCUCAGCUGCGUGGCCCCUGUCCUGGGCCCCCAGUGAGACCCUGGGCCCCCAGGGGUCUGGAUGAGGCCGGUUCCGGCCACCUGCCCUACAGACCCAAUAAAGGCUGGUGGAGCUCUA